AUGUCAAGUAUAGCAGAGGGCAUCCUCAUUUUUGCUGCAAUUAGUGAGACAAUAUUGGGGGUUUUAGCAAAUGGAUUUAUUGGACUUGUAAACUGCGUUUAUUGUGUCAAGUAUAAGAAAUUCUCUACGAUUGACUUUAUUCUCACUGGGUUGGCUAUUUCCAGAAUUUUUCUGAUAUGGUUAAUAAUUACAGAUGGAUUUAUGAGGAUAUUCUCUACAAAUACAUAUCCUUAUGAUAAUGUAGUUCACUGUAUUAGUUACUUAUGGGUUCUUAUUAAUCAAUCAAGUGUCUGGUUUGCCACCAGCCUUAGCAUCUUCUAUUUUCUGAAAGUAGCAAAUUUUUCACACCAUGUAUUUCUUUGGUUGAAGGGGAGAAUCAGUGUAGUGCUUCCUCUUCUAUUAGGAUCCUUGCUUAUUUCAUGGUUACUUACUUUUUCACAACUUGCGGAGAUUCUUAAUGAUCAUAGAUGGACGUACAGAAACUCAACCUGGUUUUUCAACAUGUCAAGAAGUCAAUUCUUUAUAAAACAGAUUUUGCUCAACCUUGGAGUCAUUUUCUACUUUAUACUCUCCCUAGUUACAUGCUUCUUGUUAAUCUUCUCCCUUUGGAGACACAACAGGCGGAUGCAAUUGACUCUCACAGGUCUCAGAGACACCAACACAGAAGCUCAUAUGAGGGCAAUGAGAGUUCUAGUAUCUUUCAUUAUUCUCUUUAUCUUGUAUUUUAUAGGCGUUUCCAUAGAAACAAUGUCCUUUACUGUGCCAGAAAACAGACUGCUGUUUAUUUUUGGUAUGACAACCUCCACAAUCUAUCCCUCGGUUCACUCACUUAUCAUAAUUGUAGGGAACAGCAAGCUAAAGCAAGCCUUUCUGAGGGUACUGUUACAACUGAGAUGCUGCAAGAAGGGAAAAAUUGUCAGAACCACCUAG